UCGAGGAUCGCAAAGCGCAUGCGCAACGCAUCAAGAUGGCGGCGCCCAUGAAGUUCGUCUGCCUGGAUCAGUUUCCUCCCGAUUUGCACCCUUUGCAAGCAGUCGUCCAUAAGUUACAGUUAAUUCGGAUGUUUUCGAACUGCACUGAAACUUCAUGCGCGCUGUUAUUAUCCAUUCAGGAAACUCAGCCGUUCACAAAGUCGACAGUUUUAGUGUGCGCGCACAUCUCAGCCGAGGAGCUGCCUGACUGCACGGUCCAUAGUAACAGCAGCACUCUGGCAGUUUAUGUGUCUAAAACUUUCCUAAGUCACUACAGUUUUCAGGAGGAAAAGUCAGGAAUCGCGCGUAUUCUACAGCUUUUGCCUUUGGGUAAGAUAGUUAUUGGUGCUCGCACGAAGCAGAGCUUCAGAUGGGCAUCUUCUGAAGAAUUCUCCAGUUUCCUGCUAGUUUUGGCUUCGUGUCCUGGACAAACUCUUUUGGUGAGCAGAGGUGACCCUCUGGUUUUACCACACCAUCCUCUGCUUGGUGAUAACGCGACUCUGGUGCGUCAAUAUCUGUCUGAUUUGGUCGUGCUGGACUGCACACCUCUUAGGCAGGGUAUGAUCACUGUGAACACUACUGUUGUAGUCUCUGAUUGCAGGGACAUUUUGCAUAGCCAUGGUGUUUUGGACUCUGCUGACAGCAGCGUAAACAACAGACCGUCCAGUGUGUCCUUGUUUGUCUCUGAUUUUGCUCAUUAUGCGAACAGUCUUGGCCCUGGGAGCUCCUUACUGAGCAACCGACUUUUGAUCAGUUCUCAGUUCACAGAGGUUCUUCAAGCCCUUGAGUGCAGGCUGGAUGUGAAGGUCACAUGUGACCAUGCCAGGCUUUGCAGGUUGGCAACAUCUGGAAUUAAAAUAGGAAAGAAUGCAGAGUUGGACAUGGACAGCUCUAUUUUUGUGAGCAAAAACCUGUUGUUAAAGUUAGGGUUGUUUAACGGUGAGUGGGUCAUGGCUGCUUUGGGAAAAGUAAAAAGAUGUUCUGGAGCUGAAGGGGCACAAAGUCCUCCAGACAGUGAAAGUGGAACAAAGCCUGUGGCUAAGGCAAAAGGAGAUAGUCAGCUGGCUAAAAUUGUGGCUUUUAUUAAGUCCUCAGACGUGGAUGUUAGUGAUAACGCAGGUUUCAUUUCACCGCUUCUGUGGUUUAAUUUGUCCAAUGGAGAAGCUGCACCUGUUGGAAGUAAAAGUCUCAAAAUAAAGAGAUGGAACCAGGCAUCAUUACCGUCGGGAUCCAAACUGUCUGCAAGUGUAUGUUGUUCUGCUGCGCCUCCAUAUGCCAAAGAACUACACAUUGAAGCAGUUAUAUCUCCAGAUUAUGACAUCCACAGCCCCUUUGAUAAUGUUCUCUUUAAGCAUUUUAGCACACCAAGACUUGUCAAGCAGGGGAUUAUAGUGGGUACUCCAACACAUGGUCAUCCUGAUUUCAUGGAAAGCAUCUCUUAUGGUAUCACAAGAUGGCCAGUCUUGUAUUUUAAAGUAAAGCAGGUGUCCGGCUUUUCUGAGGAUGAGGCAGAUGUUGGAUCGUAUCUUGCUGAUACAGAACACACCUCUCUGUAUAUGAGAGGUUUUACCAAUAGUCUGGCACCGUCCUCCAUUUCAGAGGCAGGUCUGUCGUUCUGGACGAGUCUUGUGCCUCCAGGACUCUCUGGCAUUGUUGAGAAAUUGGUCUCCAUCAUCCAGCCGCACGUUACGGAAAGUUUGAGGCAAGCCUGCUCUGUCCUUCUCAUGGGUCCAGAUGCUUGCGGUAAGGUCACCGUAGUCAAGGCGGCUUGUCGGAGGCUUCAUCUUCACCUGCUAAAGGUGGACUGUGUGACCCUGUGCGGAGACACUGCAGCUGCCUGCGAGUCCAAGAUGAAGGCAGCAUUCCAAAGAGCCGAGCUCCAUCACCCCUGUGUGCUUCUGCUGAGGAACCUACACUUACUCGGCCAACGGCAAGACCGCACCGAACCCGAUUCCAGAGUGACCUCGGCAGUCUGCCAUCUCAUAUCUCAUACUUGCUCAAGUGUAAUCGUGGUUGGCUGUGUGCAUGGCCAGCGGGAUUUGUCCUCAGAUGUGAUGCCAGCCUUUGUGCACCAGGUGGUGAUGGAGAGUCCCACAGAGGAGCAGAGGAAAGCCAUGCUUGCCAGCCUCAGUCAAGAGCUCCCUCUAGGCAAAGAUGUCAGUCUGGCCAAGAUUGCUAAACAGACAGCGGGUUUCAUUUUGGGAGAUUUCUGCGCACUUCUCACUGGUGCUGGGAAAGCAGCUCAUCAGCGUUUACUGAAGACUUAUUAUCCACAUGGAGCCAGUGUUCAGGAAGAGGAGGACCUGUGUGUGUUUGGUGUGACUAUUACAGGAGCUGACUUCACCACAGCACUGGAGGCUCUGCAAGAGGCUCACUCCCAGUCAAUCGGUGCUCCAAAGAUCCCGUCAGUGAAGUGGCAGGAUGUGGGUGGUCUGCAGCAGGUCAAGAAGGAGAUCCUGGACACCAUCCAACUCCCUCUAGAGCAUCCAGAGCUGCUCUCAGUGGGACUGAGACGCUCUGGCCUGCUGCUCUACGGACCUCCAGGCACCGGCAAGACGCUACUGGCCAAAGCUGUGGCCACUGAGUGCUCCAUGACCUUCCUCAGUGUCAAAGGUCCAGAGCUCAUUAACAUGUAUGUUGGUCAGAGCGAGGAAAACAUCAGAGAGGUGUUUUGCAAAGCUAGGAGUGCAGCUCCUUGUAUCAUCUUCUUCGAUGAGUUAGACUCAUUGGCUCCUAACCGAGGUCGCAGCGGAGACUCGGGAGGGGUGAUGGACAGGGUCGUGUCACAGCUCUUAGCUGAGCUCGAUGGUCUGCAUUCAUCUACGGACGUCUUUGUGAUCGGCGCAACCAACCGGCCAGAUUUACUGGACCAGUCUUUGCUCAGGCCCGGCAGAUUUGAUAAAUUGGUAUAUGUUGGCCUUAAUAAAGACAAGGAAUCACAGCUACAAGUGCUCAAGGCUAUAUUACGAAAGUUUAAGGUGGACCCGGGUGUUAGCCUGUCCGAUAUAGUGGAGCGCUGUCCACUUCAGCUGACGGGAGCCGAUCUAUACGCUCUCUGCUCUGACGCCAUGAUGUCUGCUAUUAAGAGGAAGAUUUUGCACGUUACUGAAGGUCUGGAGUCAGAGGACGCUCCUCUCUUGCUGUGUGCUGAGGACUUCAGCCAGGCCCUAGACAUCCUGCAGCCAUCUGUAACCGAGGAGGAGCUGCACAAGUACAAGCUCAUCCAGCAGAAACUCACUGCAAAGUAACACAAACACCAGCACUGCAGACCUGAGCAGAAAACCUCCUGCGUAUCACAUCACUCUUCCUGCUGCAAGCCACCUCCAUCUCUGUGCCGUUCCAGAUUCUCUACAGCCUGCUAUUUCUGAGCGGAUCUGGUCCGAAUCUCUUUCUAUUAACUUUCAGAUAAUAUGAAAAAUGACAUUUCACCAAACUACUCUUCGAAAUCAAUUUACGAAACAUUCCACGGCUUAAUUUCCACUUAAGGGAAUUCCCUCUACUGGGAAUUGAUUCAGCACAACCAUUUUUUCAACCAUUAGGCUACCAAAUGUGAAAGAGCAUGUUUCUGUUUUGCAUCUCAAACACCUAAGUUAUAACCUUUUCUUUUUUUUCUUCUUUUUUUUGAAAAGUGAAAAAAGAAAAUUAGAUUUAAAGAUUUCAUGCUGACCCAAAGCCCAGGACAUUGACACCAGUAUUUGAUUACGAACUGUCUCAGUGAAAUAGUCAUGAAUGUAAUCAUCAUCUUGAUCACAGUGUAAAAUAUUCAUUGCACUGAAACAAAAAAAGAACACUCGAAUUUCUCGCUCAAAUACGUCCUUCAAUUCCAGGCAGUUAAAUUGAGUAACAGUUGUCACAAUCGGUUCACAUACAUCCAGUGUGAUCUGAGAGUCUAACUCCAAGCUUUGUGGCAAAUGAGCUGAAAAAAAUGAAACCCAUAACACUGACACGUUCCCAGUGUGCUACUGUACAUGCGUGUUUCAAUCACCUACAUUUAAUAAUAUAAUUAUACUUGCAGUCGGCUCCAGCAUCCUGGCGAGAGUUCACAGUGUACCUGGUUUACGUUAAUACGUGAUCACGCUCGUUCUACAUCAUUCAAAUCUAGUAAUGAGAAAAAUGUUUAGUGUAAACCACGCAAUCUUGUUUUUGUUGAGAAACGUAUUUAUUUUCUCAGCUAGCGAGGCAUCUUUUGGCGUCUGGAUUGUUUUUACCAUAUGAUCUUUACAGGUGUUUAACCUAGGCAAGAUUAAAAAGUUACUUUUCUGUGUUCAGUGAAAUGUCAGGAUUUCUGCAUUGCUUAUGAAUGUGUUAUGAAGGCCCUCUGUACAGUACGGUGCCAGGGGAUACCAAGUUUUCUGACUACAAACUAACGCUUCUAUCUGGAUUUCAUUUCUCCUGAAAUAAGACCAGCUUUAAAAAAAAUAUUAAAAAUCCUGAUAAAUUAGCAAGCGCCAUAAGCACAAUCUUAUGUUAAUCAUUACUGUGACGCUCGGCCUGACGUUUGCAACACUUUUGGGGAAAAGUCACACAGUCUGCUCACUUUUUUACCAAAUGUAGUUUGCAGGAUAACUCUGUGCUCUCUGUUGAUGGUGUGCAAGCAGAAUGAUCUAAUACAGGAUCUGAGAACUAACAGUCCAUUUACAUGCCUCGUCAUUACAUUCGUCAUCAAAUAGUAAACAAACAGCUUCUGACUCACACAUGCUUUUUCAGUUUACGGUCAGGCUUAAAUAGAUUUUCGGUCACACUUUAUAUUAAGUGGUAAUGUAAUUUAUUAGAUAAUUUGUUUAAUUUGCUGUGCAAAUGAUUUAGUCAGGGUAUGCUGAGCAAUAGCCUUGGAUUUUUAAAUAAAUAUAAAAGGAUUGUGCAAUAAACAAUUACAUGUGUUUU